AUGUAUUCGUUUAAUGUUUCGUGUUUGAUUUUCUGCGUUGUGAUGGCCUGUGUUUUGUACGGAACACAUGCUAAUCCAGUGGAAAAUACAUCAAGCGCACCUGCUACCAGCACGCCAGAGGAAAUGUUGAAAUCAGCAUCACUUAAUCAACCGAUAGUUCAAAUUGCAGGACUGGAUAUUCAAAAACUUUUGGCGGGAGUGCAAAUGUCAGCAAAUGGACAAAGUGGUAAUUCUCAAGGUUGUUCAUCGAAAGGCUCCAAUGCUGCUAACGGUGUUGUCAAUAUAUCUGGUCAAAGUAUAUCCUGCAAAUAA